AGACCCCUCCUCAAGCUAUAGACUCGUGCUCACUUCUAUAUAACUCCCGUCUCUCGUCCCUCCACUUCUCACCCAACAAAUCAAGAUCUCUCAAAGAAUUUGAUUAAACAGCUUCACAUUGAAGAUGAUCACUUCCAAGUUGCUUCUCCUUGUGCUUCUUGGUGCUCUAGUUUGCGCCUCUGGCUACUCUAGGGUGCUUUUGGGUGAAAAGGGGUCCUUCGAGGAGGAGAAAACCUUCUCCCACGGUCCUGGCUAUGGCGGCGGCGGCCUAGGUGGUGGAGGGGGUGGUGGCUUGGGAGGCGGUGGUGGAGGAGGAUUGGGUGGUGGUGCUGGUGCUGGCGGCGGUGCUGGUGGCGGAGCUGGCGCUGGUGGGGGACUUGGAAAAGGCGGCGGUCUAGGUGGAGGGGGUGGAGGAGGAUUGGGUGGUGGUGGUGGUGCUGGCGCUGGCGGGGGAGCUGGCUAUGGUGGAGGAGCUGGUGCUGGUGGGGGAAUUGGAAAAGGCGGUGGUCUAGGCGGAGGGGGUGGAGGAGGAUUGGGUGGCGGCGGCGGCGGUGGUAAAGGCGGGGGAGCUGGCUUUGGUGGAGGAGCUGGUGCUGGUGGGGGGUUGGAAAAGGUGGCGGUGUAGGCGGAGGGGCUGGAG